UCACAUACAUGACCUUUGAGACCGUUACGGAAAAAACUAAGCCAAAUACUUCCCAACACCUCUCUUUCUCCAUCAAUUAUAUCCGUACUAUUCUCACUUCCACUUUCCAAGGAUCACCAUUUUUUUUCUAUUUUCUUUAAUAAAUUAGUCAUAAUAAUCUAUCAAAAGUCUGAUCCUCUAUGCUCCCUUGUAAUUACUUUUAUUAUGCAUUCAUGGGUAUUUUCAAGAUCAUCCAGGCCUGCAGUCCGAGUGCUUGCGGCCCAAAAUCCAAUUUUUAUACGUUCCAUCUUCACCAAAUCAAAUGGCUCCAGUGACUAUAAAAGGAAUCCGACAGUUUUGGGUUCUGGCUUCGUUAUUGCAGCCUCAACCUUAGCUCUCUAUUAUAUUUCAUCCUCUUCUCAUCAAAUUUGUUAUGCUGAUUCCGGAACUAGAAAAGAAGACCUUGGGAAGAAAUCCACCUUUUUAUUUGGAGAUUCAUACCGGAAAAAAGUUUUCUUCAAGUAUGAGAAACGGUUGAGACUGCAGAGUCCUCCUGAAAAGGUGUUUGAGUACUUCGCGUCUUACCGAACUCAAGGUGGCGAAGUGUAUAUGACACCAGGGGAUUUAAUGCGAGCAGUUGUUCCGGUGUUUCCUUCAUCUGAAACAACUGGUGUUAGAGGGGGUUAUCUGAAAGGAGAAUCGACUUCAAGUAAACUACAUUGUGCUCCUUCAGAAUUUUUCAUGCUCUUUGAUACCAAUAAUGAUGGACUUAUAUCAUUUCCAGAGUACAUAUUUUUUGUUACACUACUUAGCAUCCCAGAACCAAGCUUUUCAGAGGCAUUUCAAAUGUUUGACCUUGACAAUGAUGGAGGAGUUGACAAGGAUGAAUUUAAGAGAAUGAUGGAACUCAUGCGAACUGCUAAUAGACAAGGUGCCCGACACAGAAAUGGAUUGCGAUUUGGACUAAAAGUUAGUGGUUCAGUAGAGGAAGGAGGUCUCUUAGAGUAUUUCUUUGGCAAAGAUGGCAACGGGUGCCUUGAGCAAGAAAGAUUCGUUCAGUUCUUAAGAGAUUUACAUGAUGAAAUAUCUCGAUUGGAAUUUGCCCAUUAUGACUACAAGUCACAAGGAAGCAUUUCUGCUAAAGAUUUUGCGCUAUCAAUGGUUGCAUCUGCUGAUAUAAGUCACAUCGACAAGUUUCUUGACCGAGUAGAAGAUCUUGAUGAUGAAACACAACUUAGAGAUUUACGAAUUACAUUCAACGAAUUCAUGAGCCUUGCUGAGCUACGGAAAGAACUGCCGUCAUUUUCUCAGUCCAUCUUAAGCUAUGGGAAAGUAAACGGACUUUUGUCAAGGCAAGAGUUGAAGAAAGUGGCUAACCAAGUUUGCAGCAUAACACUUAGUGAUAAUGUGGUGGAUUUGAUAUUUUUCAUGUUUGAUUCAGAUUGUGAUGGGACUUUAAGUUCAGAUGAGUUCCUAAGAGUGCUGCAAAGAAGAGAGCUGGAAAGUUCACAACAAAGAGAGUCCGGUUUUGUGGGCUUCUUCUCUGGUUGGUUGGACUCCACUAAUAAGUAAUUUUUAAUUUACUAUCAUUGUGGAUGCUCAUCCAACAUUUUGUGUUAGCUUUUAACAAGGGAGUUGAACUGUUAGAGUUCCACUUCUAGGCAUUGUAAAGUAACUCAAGACACCUCCAUAACAUCAUACAUGAUCUUCUGCACAUUUAUAACCUUCUCCAUGAUUUCAAUAGUUAGGUUGCAUUUAAGGUAACCUUGUAACCACCCUCUAUGUAAUAAUAUAAGUAGGUUCAUGAGAGGUGAUGUAUGGUACACUUGAAAAGAAAGAAGAAAGUUCUCUUAUUUUA